AUGUCCCCAGCUGACCCUACAUCAUCGUGCCGAACAUGCUGUCUCCUCGAUCUACCUGGAGAUAUUCUGAGUCAGAUAUCGUCCUACCUGCCUCUUCCCGAACUCUUUGCCUUUCUCUCCCUCCAUCCCAGACUGUUGACUCUAUGCAAAACGCACCUAACGCCUCUCCCUCAAGCUAUUCGCCAAGUAGUGAAUGAAGGAUCUCCAUAUCCCCCAAUUCUCGCUGCCUUACCCUCUUUGAGGCUCUUCCUGCCCGAUGAUGGUGGUCGAAUGUUCAUUGAUGUUUUGGUCAAGUGUCCUCCGAGAUGGAUUCUGGAGAGGUUCGAAAUGGGAAGAUGGAGAGACACUAUAUGGAAAGAGUCUUUCGAGAGAAGGUUUUUACCUAGUUGGAAGAGAUAUAAGAAGGAAGAAGAUACCUGGCGAGCUGUAUUUCUCAGAUCUCAAAACAAUUUCGCCACACAGCCAACAGAAGUGCGGGCAGUCCUCCAUCUUCAGGACGUCAGAAUAAUCGCCUUGGGAGUUUUGUGGGACAAACCAUCUUUGUUCGUCAACAAGAAUGCGCAUCUUCUUCUCCACCCUCCUCUUCUGAGACAUCAAAAAGAAGAUUGGACCUGGUCCAUCUCUCGACCGGGGAAGUCGACAAAGCCGGAGUCAACUGUUCCGGGAGGUUCAUCUUUCGUGGAUCCUAUGCAAGGCAUUGGCGCUGUGCACUCCCCUUCCCUCUUUCCGAUGAUUGUUCAAGAUACUCAGCGGUCUUACGCAAUACCGAAUUCAGAAGCUUAUAACUUGUCUAUCAGCCCCGCCUCUGCAACACCCUUUAGUAAUCUGCGCCCUCGAAUUCGACGGUUCAGUAUUGGUAAUGAACGGAAAUUCGGACGCAGAGCCAGUGAUACUGGACGACAUCCAUGGGUCUUCGGAAGAGAUCGCUCAGCCUCUUCUUCCUCCGCUUUAGUUGGACCCACAAUGAGUCGGCAACCCCAGUCAGAAUCUAGCUUUACUGGCGAUUUUUUGUCUUCUCAAGAGGGAAACUCAACGCCAUCAUCCCUCAUUCAGCCCUCACGACCUUCAUUCAGACCAUCUCUCCUUUCCCAAAAUCCAAAUCUCAUGCCAUUCAUGCCUAUCCUUCACCCCCAACCUGCGUCCUCGCAUGCCCUAUAUCCUAAUUACACACCUUUUCCGUUCCACCCAAAUCGUCCCCUCAGUGAUCUCCCAGAAGAAAGAUCUGACGAGGCAAUCAUAGACCGACGAAUAUUACAUCCCGAAGUCGAAGAUGACGCAAAUCACUUCCAUGGCCUCAGAGAUGGUGUUUUGGAAGAAGAAAACGAUUGGAAUGAGUGGGACCCGAUAGCGCGUGUGCGCAAACGAUGGGUCGGUCCAAUGCUUCUUGUAGCUCAACUCCACCCUUGUGGCCGAAAGGUAGCUCGUCCAAUUGGCGCUCGUGAGACGUCAGACGUAGAAGGGAAUAACGUGGAUUUAGGUCCGGACGGAAUGUAUGUCAGUUUAGGGUUCGAAGAUCUGAACGCAAUCAUGGGAUGGGUGGAAUUGAAAGGCGGUGGGGGAAACAACGCCGAGGCGUUGAGAAAUGGUUUAGGUUUUGGAUAA